AUGCAGUCCCUUUUGCCUUCACUGACAGCGACUUGGCACAAUGGCUCUUAUCCAUCUAUUUCGUCUUCACGAAGCGAGCUGAGUGUUGCCAGCAAAACCAUUAUUAUCAAAGGAGGUGGAAGUGGCAUCGGCCGAGCAACCGUCGUAUCGUUCUCCCGCGCUGGAGCAAGCAAUAUUAUCCUGAUUGGACGCACAAAGUCCUCCUUGGAAGAUACACAGAAAUUGCUAUCUUGUGAUGGCUCUAUCUGCGUAGCCGAUAUCACAGAUGAAAAGCGGAUGGCAGAGGUUGCUGCCUCUGGGGGGGACCUGGGAUGCACUUAUUCUCGCUGCAGCAUACAUUUCCUCCCCUGGUUCCGUCCAGGAUACAUCUCCCACGCUACUGUGAUUGGAUAUACGGCCGCAAUCACGUUUCCCGCUGCAAUGCUGCCAGGAUUGUCAGCCUACGCCAUUUCAAAGCUAGCCAUAACAAAGCUCAUGGAAUACAUCGCUGCCGAGGACCCCUCAAUCUGUACAGGGGCGCUACAUCCCGGAAUGGAGGAAACGGAGCUCAUCAAGGCAUCUGGAACGGACCCUGCCGCUGUGCCUCUGGAUUCUGUGGAGCUCGCGGGCGAUUUUGCAGUUUGGUUGACGAGUAAGGAAGCCUCAUUCUUGAACGGGCGAUAUGUCCGGGCGAACUGGGAUGUGGAUGAGGUCAAGGCAAAAGCUGGCGAGAUACAGCCCCAGUCAGCUGUUGACGACGAAUAUCCAGGGAUGGCCCUUUGGUUCAGCCUAGUUUGUGUCUAG